GCAUGCCCCGACGCUUGCACAUGGAUUCCUGAUUCGCUGCACAUUUUGGGAGCAACGCAAAUGGUGAAACCCUACGCGCCCCCAUACAUGCAUAUACCAUGCGCGUGCAUGAGUGAUCGAUCGUGUUCAAAUUCAAACAUCGCGGGAUUCUAAAAACAAAAUCAAAAUAUCAAUGCUUGGGAGUACAGUAGACGGCAUUGCACCAUUGCUGACGGGGCUAUAAAUACGAGAUGGGCGUCUGGUUUUAUUUCAGGUUUCUGGUGAUGUUUGUUUAGUGGGAGAAGACGUUUUCAUCGACUGCGAGACACCUAUGAUGACUACAACAUAAACUCUUAAGAUGUUAUACUGGCUCAGUCUCUCGAAGGUGCUUAUAGAGGUAGGGUGUACGUGCAUACGUCCGUACUAUCAAACUGACUGGCAUCAAGAUGGAAUCACACUGGAGGGAUGAUGCGACCCGAUCCGCUUUUGCCGGCGAUGGAUCCGAUCCUUGGAUGAUUUCUUAUAGGUUAACUAGUGCAUAGGUACGAGUGACCAUCGAGUUAAAACUCAGUAGUAGUGUACUAAUCCGUCGGUGAGGGUGCCACGAUCUUGGGGAAUGAAAUCUCAAGUGUCACAUUCAUUUGCCGUACUAUGUAGCUCAUGAUGGGCCAAGGACAGCUCCAAUUUUGUUGCCGAUUUUUCAUCGCAGAAGAUACUCCUGUCUAGCCGAAUAUUGUCUUUGGAGGCCGAGCUCCAUGGAGCUCCGUUUUGAAAAAUUUGAAUUUUAUCAAAUUUUCUAUUUUUUAUGUUUUAAAAAAUUCUGAAAAAAACACAGAUAUACAUGAAGGUAUAACGGGCGUGUACUAAUCUGUCGGUGGUUGAGGCAAGCAUGCACGCCACCCUCACCUAUGUGUGCCCGCAGGUGCAGGCCACGUACGUGAUUCUUGCAUGCCCCGACGAGAGUGCACGCGGAUUCUGAUUCGCUGCACGUUUUUGAGAGUGCAGGAGCUAGUAACUAUGUCCAAAUUCAACGCCCUGCGGGGUUCUAAAAAGAAAAUAAAAAAAUGAUAAACGCUUUGGGAGUAGUAGAUGAUGAUAUGUUGAUAUGUAUAGUCUAUAGCUGACGGGCUAUAAAUACGGGAGCGGCGCCCGUAAGUUUCAUUCACCCAAGAGGAACCUAGCUGACUGACCUGCCUGCCUGCGGCCAUGAAGACAUACAUUGCUGCCAUCCUGCUGGUGCUUUCCCUCGCCAGGCGCCUCUCCGCCGCAGCCGCCGACGCCGACGACAAGGUGGACGCCGUUAUCCGUCUCCCGAGCCACGGGGUCGCUGGCUCGGGUGAAGCGACGGCGGCCGUGAAGGAUUUUGGGCGGCCGAGCUGCUGCGACCGGGAGCGGUGCGGCGGGACCCUGCGGGUGUGUCACUGCGAUGAUAUGUUCGACCGCAAGUGCCCCGCCACCUGCGCGGAGUGCGUGUCCUUGGGCCCAUCCCACCACUACUGCGGCGACAGUUACCUUGCUGGCCCCGUGCCCAGGUGCACCAAGGUUGACCGCAACGGCGACAUCUCCGGCGGUACGCCCGGCCGCAGCAUUGCACCAGGUGAUGGUGAGUCCAAUAAAUUGAGCCGGCCGUUGGACAAGUGGACAGAGUGAGUCGCUGUGCCAGCGUUUGUUCACCUGUUGUGGUCGCUCUUCCCCCCCUUUCUUUCUUUCUUUCUUUCUUUCUUUCUUUCUUUCUUUCUUCCGGGAUGUUGCUGUAACGCUAGUUUAAUUGCACCGAUGAAUAAGAUGAGCUGUGUUGAUCAGAUUGUCGUGCCAGUUUUGGUUCCGUUCAAGACCUCGAGUUCGAGGUGCUCAAUGAGGUGCAGCUACAAUUUGUGCUUGGUUCCAGCUUCACCCCCCUGCAUGGUUGACUGCGAUCUUUUUUGGUUUGCGUCUUAACUUUUUUUGGUUUCAUGUACGUACCAUGUAGGCGGCACUUUGGUGAUGCCCCAGCCUUCCACAUAGUUAAAUUUGAAUGAAGUUGUUUUCUUUUACCCGAAUUUGAAUGAAGUUGUUGGUGUGCGCCACAAUCACCCACCGAAAGCUAGGACGUGUUUGGUUACCUGCAUAUAGCCCAACCAGGCCCGCGCGAAAAGAAAAAUGUCUGUUUGGUAGCAUACAGGGAGG